CCUCGGCUCGGUAUCUCGGUGUUUCUUGGUGUUUCUCGGUGUCUCGUGCGGACUAACGGAGUCUCUAACGGUUGGACCAGACUCGGCGGGAAUCUGCGGACCUCGGCGAAGACUGUGGCCAUUUACAGGCCGAUGAAGAUGAUGUCGGAGAGUUUGGAGCAGACUGAGGACGUCAGCGUCCUGCCCCCUCAUGAGGUCGAGCCCCCCAGGGAGGAGGACGGACACUGCCCCCUACCGUUCAGGCUGCAGCUGAUUGACGACCUCUCCUAUGAAGACGUGAAGAAGUGUUACAGAGGAUCGACCGUCAGUAAAUACAACUCUCAGUACCACAAACUGUUCCAGACGGUUCCUAAAGAGGAGAUCCUGAUGAAAGUGUAUUCGUGUGCGUUGUUGAGAGACAUCCUGCUCCAGGGUCGCCUCUACAUCUCCAGGAACUGGCUCUGUUUCUACGCAAACCUGUUUGGUAAAGACAUCAAGGUGUGCAUACCUGUGGUGUCAGUGCGGCUGGUGAAGAAGCACAAGACGGCCGGUCUGGUGCCAAACGGGCUCGCCAUCACCAUGGAUACGGGACAGAAGUACGUGUUCGUGUCGCUGUUGUCCAGAGACAGCGUUUACGACGUCUUAAGGAGGAUCUGCACUCAUCUACAGGUGAACGGGAAGAGUCUGAGUCUGAAGCAGUACCUGGAGGAGCCCAGCUCACUCUCUAUGGACGAGUUCCCGGAGGUGUUGAAGUGGAGGAGGAAGCCGUCACUCCCCGCCGUCUCCUCGUCUCUCCCAGACCUCCUGGGAAACUCCUCCCCCGGCCUCGCUGCAGACACCCCCUUCAGCACGCACACGCUCACCGACAGCAGUCUGGAGACAGAGAAGAUCCUGCUGACAGAACCAGUACCUGAACUGGGUCAGACCGAGUACCAGCUGCUGAAGCUCUUCAUCCUGCUGGUCUUCCUGCUGGUCCUCUCCUCGUGCUACCUGGCUUUCAGAGUCUGUCGUCUGGAGCAGCAGCUGAGCUUCCUGAGCAGCCAGCCGACGCUCAGAGAGAGGUGUGGAGAGGUGCUGUGCUGGCUGGCCAAUCAGAGGACAGGAACCUGACAGUGAAGCCGACCUGUGUGAACCAGAUAAGAAGAAACGUGCACUUACAUAGACUUCCCACUAGGGGGCGGCGGCGAGAGGAGACUGCUCUCAGGAGCAGAGAGACCACUGUGUCAGCAGCUGACCUCUGACCCCGCAGAGACCCGGUUAUCAUAGCGACGUCACUAUAGCAAACAAACAGUAGAAUGACCUCUGACUUCUGAGGACUGAGUUUGAGAAGGUGAGCAGAGGUCACGAGACCUGAGAAACAGCGAGGUGUAAAAUAACCAGGAUGUAGAUUUGACUGGGUGUAGAUUUUCUUCUUCUACAUUUCUACUAACAGAGGCGGUGUGUUCAAGUUUAGUUCAAGUUAAAGUCUCCUAAAUCACCAGGGCUGUCACAAUACCAGAGACUGAAACUUUGACUCUAGUUCAAACAACAGAGACAGCAGAGACUUUGGACUUAGACCCUGAUACUGGGCCAGGUCUUGGUUCCAGUCUAACACCACUUCCUGCCAGCUGUCCCAUAGGAGCUAGGUGUAAGAUUAACGCCUUCUGAGAGCUCAUGGUCCGCCUGAAUUUACGCUGAGCCGCUGAAACCCGGCGCUGGUGUUGUGACAACCCUGAAAGUAAGGUGUCAGGAAAAAGUGUUGACAGUUGAGUGAAGUUAGAUUAUUGUUGAUAUUUUCAUCCAGGAUGGUUUAAAAUUAUAACUCAGGACUUACUUCAAUAAUAUAAAUAUCAAAAGGUUAAUAUGUUCAAUAUUUCAGACACCAGGACUGCAGGAUUAGCUAUGACAGGAACUGUUAUCUAUGAUUCUGUUAUUUCCAUCAUUCUGACCACUGAAACAUCCAUAAAGCACACCUUUAUAUCUUAACGAUUUUAUAUAAAGUCAAACUCAAACGUUUGAUAUCAUAAUUAGCAUUAAAAUAGCUGAAUUCAUAGAUAUCUACAUGUAGAUGUCACCUGGGAGAGAUUUGUUAUGUGGAUAAUGGAUUAUGUGUGUUAUAUGUUAUGUUAUGUACUCUACCAUGGAGUUCACCACCUUUGGCAGCUCUAACAGCCUCCACUCUUCUGUGAAGGCUUUCCACAACAUUCUGGAGUGUUUCCCAUUUAUUCUGUCAAGUUUUAAAGAAGCAAUUAGAGCAAAUUAUAUCCACCAAUUUCUUGCACAGAACAUAAACCAGUGAGUAGAGUUUAAGAGAAAUACCUUUGCAUUCAUGCUUUCAUGGCAGAUUUUGUCAUGUUUGCAGGUUUUGUCCAAACUCUGCACAGUAUGAAAACCUAUGGCAAGCGGUUUUAACAUUUAAAAGUUAUGUUUGACUAUCCAGAAUUAACAUUGUAGAUAUCUGUAAU